AUUGGAGGGGGGAGGUCUUAACACAAGUACAUUGUCAGUCUCUGGGCAUACGAGGACGAGUAUAAAUCAAGCUUUAUAUAUAUAUAUAUAUUUACGAUACAAAACGAUUGCUUUCCCCAAAGUCUGAGACACUUUUUGUAAUGUCCGACGCAAUGGAGUCUUGUGACGACGUGCGGGACAAUGUGAAGAAGUACUAUGGCAGUCGACUAGAGUCCUCUGGUGAUUUGCAAACAAGUGCUGCCUCCUGCAGUUUGCCUUGCCGCCCUCUACCAAGAAGUGUCAGGGAUGCACUGAGCCUGGUUCACCCAGAGGUAACAAAAAGAUUCUUCGGCUGUGGCCUUCCCUUCCCGGCGAAGCUCGAGGGCUGCAGAGUCCUUGACCUCGGCAGCGGCUCUGGCAGAGACUGUUAUGCCUUCAGUAAACUCGUUGGACCGAGCGGACGUGUGACGGGGGUCGAUAUGACGGAGGAGCUGAUCACAGCAUCUCGUCAGUACAUCGAGUAUCAUCAGAAGAAGUUUGGCUAUGAGAAGCCCAAUGUCACUUUUGUCCAGGGGUACAUGGAGAAGCUCAGUGAAGCUGGCAUACAGAAUGACUCAGUGGAUGUUGUUUUAUCCAACUGUGUAGUCUGUUUGUGUCCUGAUAAAAGAGCAGUGCUACAGCAAGCCUACAACAUCUUGAAGGAGGGAGGUGAGCUGUACUUUAGCGACAUGUAUGCCAGCAAAGUCGUUCCUGAUCACAUGAAGGAAGAUCCAGUCCUGUGGGGUGAAGGAAUGGGUGGUUCUCUGUUCUGGCAGGAUCUCAUUCCGUUGGCACACAGCGGGGGUUUCAGCACUCCACAUCUCGUUUCAGCCAGCCACAUUGCAAUCUACAGCAGUGAGCUCAAAGCUAAAGCAGGUGAUGUCAGCUUUGCUUCGGGCACUUACCGGCUUUUCAAGCUGCCCAAAAGUCCAGUCGUGUCUAAGGUGACCGUGACCUAUAAAGGAACUGUGGCAGAUUUCCCAGAUCAGCUAGACUUUGAUUCCUCCCACUGUUUCAAGAAAGACGUGGCAGUGUCAGUGAAUGGAGAGAUGGCAGCAAUCCUCCAGAGAUCUCGUUUCUCCCCGGAUUUCAAAAUCCAGGUAUCGGAUCAACCAGAGUCCGACUCAGGGUCAACACCACAGUACUGCCACCUCAACCCAUUUAUGCUGGCUGACAAACUGGGAUCCUCAGUGAGACAAUGCUCCAAAAUAAGCAAAUAAAGACAGAGCUGAAUCCUGAGAUUGUUUUGCAGACUUGGUAGAACUGAAAUAAGAUUGUAACACAUUUUUUGUUUGAUUUUUUGUUUGUUUUUUUAAGUCCAUAACAUUAGAGACUAAUCAUGUCAUCUGCUUGUUGUCACCUAUGUCUUGUUAUACUGUACAUGUUUUACAAGAUUCAAGAUUUUUAUUUGCCAUUUGUGCCCGGACCAACAGUCCAGACACAUUGGAAUUCUUAUGCAGGGCUCUCCGAGUAAGCGUUUCAGAAUACAAGAUAUAAAAUAUAAAAGAGAAAAAUACAAGAUAUAAAAUAUAAAAGAGAACACUGUACAGAAGUGGUGAUCUAUACAGAGGGGUGUUAAAUUAUAUUGUUUUAAGUAAUAAAAUGACACAUAUUGCUCACCUAUGUGUAGUGAGGUAGUGUUGGGUUCUUAGUUACAGUGGUUUUAACGCUGUCAUCAUAAAUAAGUCUCCAAAUACUAAAAUAGCAUGUUGUAGUAAUUGUUUUAACUUCUGUUACUUCAACCUGCUUGAGAAACGUACAAGAAAAAGGAUCAGUGUACAAAUGACAAUAAAAGCCAGUGUUCUUGAGUGUAUUAAACUAUUAAAGCACCAUGAAAGAGGUACUUAUGA